CAGAGCCAUGGAGCCGUGUGACGGGUCGAGCUGCACAUCAACCACUGAUGACAGCAAAACAAACCUGAUCAUCAACUACCUCCCGCUGAACAUAUCGUAUUACGACCUGAAGAGUCUGUUCGGCCGCAUCGGAGCGAUCGAGUCCUGCAAAAUCGUGCGGGACAAAAUCUCAGGUCAGAGUAUGGGUUACGGGUUUGUGAACUAUGUGGAGCCCCAAGACGCAGAAAAAGCCAUCAACCUUUUAAAUGGACUCAGAGUAUAUUCAAAAACUAUCAAGGUAAGAUUGUCCAUCUGUCUGUCUGUCCGUCUGUCUCACACAUCUGCCCUUCACAGUGAGUUUGUUUGUGUUUUCCAGGUGUCGUUUGCUCGCCCCAGCUCCGCCUCUAUCCAUAACGCUAACCUGUAUGUCAGUGGCCUCCCGAAAACCAUGACCCAGAUGGAGCUGGACCAGCUCUUCUCUCCGUACGGCCGCAUCAUCACCUCCAGGAUCCUGGUGGAUCGGAUCACAGGCGUGUCCAAGGGUGUGGGCUUCAUCUAUUUUGACCUGCACACAGAGGCUGAGGAGGCCAUUAAAGGGCUGAAUGCACAAAAGCCGCCGGGCUGCACUGAGCCAAUCACAGUCAAGUUCGCCAGACAUUCCAAGCAGAAGAGCAGCCAGGCAUUUGUGUUUGAGAGAAGACUGAUGUGUCCGGCCCAGAGAUUUAGGCUGGGUAAGCUGUUCAAUGUGUUGCACAGAGUCAAGAGCCGAUUCCCCCCCGAAGCAGCCAGCAGUCUCCCGGCUUACGCCGACGCCGGCUGUUGCAUUUUUGUAGAUAAUCUUGCACCGGACACAGACGAGAACAUCCUCUGGCAGCUCUUUUGCCCCUUUGGUGCCGUAAUCACUGUUAAGGUCAUACGAGACCUUUGCUCAGAGAAGUGCAAAGGCUUCGGCUUUGUUACCAUGAGGAAGUACAAGGACGCAGUUGUCGCCGUCACCAGUCUGAACGGCUACUGUCUCGGCAAACGAGCCUUACAGGUCUCCUUCAAAACUGAAUAAACACUGGGCCUGAAGGAGUGAAGACUGUUAGCAUUAAGACAUAUUUCUUGUGUUAAUUUUGUGUUCUUAAAAUGGUUUACUUAUAAAUAAUAACUUUGAAUGUUUUGGUUUUGAUUCUUUUAUUUUAGAUUUCUACGUUCUCUGGUGUGCUAAAGUUCAUUUACAAAGUUUCUUUAACAUUGACUUGUGAGUUUCAUUUUUUUUUUUUUUUUUUUUUUUUUAGAGUUUGGCCAAAACUCCUGAAGAGAUAUAUAUGGCAAAAACGCUCCAAAUCUCUGAAGUUUCAAAGCAUCUAAUUUUAAUACACUUUGAAAUGUGUACUGAGUCUGCUGGUGUGUUUUUGAUCCUUCAUAUGAUGCCGUCAAGUUUCUUCUAAAAUGAGCAUUUUUAUCAAGCUUGUAUGUUUAGGUUCAGUAAUUUCACUUUAAUGGCAAUUAAUAGGUC